AUGUCUGCCACUCCAGACAUUUCCGCAAUCCUUGCGGCUCUUGCCGCCAACCGUCCAGCUACCUCUACUCCCUCGCAGACUCCGCAGCAGCCGCUGCCCGCGCAGGCGCCGCCACCACAAGGUCUGCCCCCAGGUUUCCCCGGCGCGCUGCCAACGGGCGCCCCUCCGGGCAUACCCGGCUUCAGCCUCCCGCAGCCGACGGGCUCGGGCAGUGUUGACCUGAGCGGCAUCAAGCCCAUCAGCUCCGGCUCCGUUAGCAUACAGGAUGCGUUGGCGAAAGCGCGUGGCUUCGCGGCGCAGAAGGGUCUGAGCUACGACCCUCGUCCUGGUAGCCCUUACCUGUCUGAUCUCGGUGUCCCAGCAUCGACUUACACCUCGCCAGCUCAUUCAGAUGACCCGCGGCUGCGCGACCGCUCAUAUCGUGGUCGGUCACGGUCCCGGUCGCGAUCCCCGCCGCGACGUGAUAACAUGCGUGACAGUUACAACCCCUAUCGAGAGGAGCGACGUGCCCGUGGUGGUGGUGAUGCCUAUGGCCGGGAGCGCUCUCGCUCUCCUCCUAGACGCAAUCAAUUCUCUCCACCGCCCCGCGCCUAUGGCGGACGUGAUCGCUCUCCGCCUCCGAGUGACAAUUCAGAGGUGAUCCUGAUUGAUUCUUCUUUGGUCGGUCUUGUGAUCGGGCGCCAGGGCGAGAGCCUACGUCGCAUUGAACAGGAAUCGGGGACUAGGAUCCAAUUCAUCAAUGGUCCCAACAGCGGACCCCAGCGUGAGUGCCGCAUCACCGGCAGCCCAGGUGCUCGCAUUACCGCAAAACGAGAGAUCAACCGCAUCAUUGAGGAGAAUGGUGGUAAUCCUGCUCGUGAGACUGGCCGUAAUGCUCGCGCCAGCGUCAAAGCCGGUCAUCAGCCCGCUCUUCGAGAUGGUGAACAGUCGUCGCAGAUUAUGGUGCCUGAUCGCACCGUUGGUCUCAUCAUUGGCCGCGGAGGUGAGACGAUCCGUGACCUCCAAGAACGAAGUGGAUGCCAUGUCAACAUCGUCGGUGAGAACAAGAGCGUGAAUGGUUUGCGCCCUGUAAAUCUCAUCGGUAGCCCCACUGCCGCAGCCCGCGCGAAGGAACUUAUCAUGGAGAUUGUCGACAGUGACACCAGGGCAGCGGGAGAGGGCGCUCCACCAGCGAUACAGCAGCAACAACACAGCAGGCGUGAGAAUUUCGACCCUUAUAGCGCUGGCCCGAACAAGAUCAAUGACAGCAUCAUGGUUCCCUCGGAUGCCGUUGGUAUGAUCAUUGGCAAAGGCGGUGAGACCAUCAAGGACAUGCAGUCGACCACUGGGUGCAAGAUCAAUGUCUCCCAAGCCUCUGGUGCCGAUAUUGAGCGUGAGAUUGGCCUAGUUGGGACGCGUCAAGCCAUUGACGAUGCGAAGCGUGCUAUCUGGGACAAGGUGGAACAAGUGAAGGAAAAGAACGGAAGCAGGCGUGGUGGUGGUCGAGAUCACGGGAACUUCGACAACUACUCACAUCAACAGCAGCCAAGUUACGGCCAACCACCCAACCAGCCACCCAGUCAGCCAAACCCACCACAGCAACCACAAGAUGGUGCGGCCACUGAUCCAUACGCCAUCUAUGGCGGGUACCAGAACUAUAUUGCCAUGUGGUAUUCCUCGAUCGCACAGCAAGCAGGUCAGGGUGAUCAACGACCCCCGGGUGCUUAA